AUGGUGGAUGGUCCAGAGAUGACAAUGAGAGGAUAUGAAGACCAAGAUAAUGAACUUGACUUUCCUGAAUUGGAAGAAAAUUCUGCACCCACUACACUUCAUGGAAGUUUGGAUUCUUUGCAAGACCUCUCAGAAAAAGAGUCAGUGUCCGAAAUAAAGAAGUUGCAAGGAAAAUACUUUUCAGAAGAAGUUUCAGGAAAGGUCACUAGUUUGUCACGAAACUUAGGUCUCUUUAGAGAUGAAGAUGGGAUCUUGAGAUGCAAAGGAAGGUUCGCAAAUGCAAAUUUAUCAUAUGAUAAGAGAUAUCCCAUUCUGAUUCCGAAGAAAUCACCCUUCACAACCGAGAUAAUACUGAAGACGCAUAGAGAUAACUACCAUGUUGGUGUACCGCACACGCUAAGCAUAUUACGCGAGAAGUAUUGGAUCCCUCAUGGGCGAGCCCAAGUUCAGAAAACCCUAAAGAUGUGUUCACAGUGUGAGAAAUAUGCCGGAGGUCCUUACAAACUGCCACCACCACCUGCACUACCCAGUGAAAGGGUUAACUAUAGUUCUCCAUUUACCUUCACUGGAUUAGACUACCUCGGACCGGUUUUAGUGGAGACAAAUACUGGCAGAGAAAAACGAUGGAUUUGUCUUAUGACAUGCCUAGCAGUUCGUGCUGUACAUUUGGAGUUGGUCAAGGCUUUGACAGCUGAGGAGUGUUUGCUAGCGAUACGGCGUUUCGUAGCUGCCAGAGGACCACCUAAAGUAUUGAUAUCUGACAAUGCACUACAGUUCAAGCUGACGAGUGAAGUACUGAUCAAGUCAUACUGCCAGGAGAAACAUAUCAAGUGGAAAUUCAUUACGCAGCUUGCACCCUGGCAAGGCGGUUUCUAUGAACGUUUAGUUGGACUGGUGAAACACUGCUUGAAGCGCACACUUGAUAAGCAUUUAUUAACUGAUGGUCAAAUGCAGACAGUAGUGAAGGAGAUUGAGGCUGUCUUGAACACUAGACCUUUGACUGCAGUGGGUUCUGACCCAGAGGCAGUGCUGCGGCCAGCAGAUUUUCUAUCCCUAGGUGAGUGCCUAGAGAUAAACUCAGAACUUUGCGAAGGAACCUCACAAGGCACUAAUACAAAAGUCGACUUGGUCGAAGGCUGGAAGAGAGGUCAGAGGAUACUUAACGAAUAUAAAGAGAUGUUCACCAACCAAUACCUACCAAGUCUGCGGGAUAGAUUCAGCCACUCUCAUAAACAACCGCGAGUGAUAUCUAAGAAGUCUCCAGAAGUUGGUGACAUCGUUCAGAUCAAGAAUGACUCCAAACAUAGGAUCAAUUGGAAGGUUGGCAGAAUUUCAAGCUUGAUCCGAAGCCGUGACGGUGAAUGCCGAGCAGCCAAAGUGGUGGUUGGGAAUACAGAAUUCACGAGAUCCAUAGCACACCUGUAUCCGUUAGAGUCUGACACGUACGGCCCAACAGAUUAUGCACGUUUACCAACACAAGACACUGAGAUGGCAGAGAUACCAGCUGAGCCCAUGGAGAUAGUUGAAAUUAGAGAACCCCCGAAAGUACCUGAAACGAUGGUAUCUCCUGAGCCCGAGAUGGAGAUUGAUGAGUUAACAAUCCCUACUGAAUCGACAAUCGAGAGAGAAGUUGUGUUAGAUUCUGAAACUAGUCCUAUGCAAACUGAGCAAGCUUCUGAUAAUGAUAUACCCGACGAGACAGAAGUGAAAGAGACAAGUGUUAUGGAAGACCAGCCACAGGAAGUGACUAGAGCAAGGCGGAACGCUGCCAUUUGGGCUAGAGAACGAAUAGCCGAAUGGACGCGCCAGCUGAUGACGCUACUUAUCUGA